AUGAAGUUGACUUUGUUUUUGACUUUGCUUGGUCUGGCGAGCACGGUGGUUGCUGUCGUUGAGCAGCGUGAUGAUGUAUACAAUGAUGAGGCCGCUAAAGAAUGGAAAGUAGUCGCCCGCGCAGAAGAAGCGACGGAGGGUGCCCAGGUUGUUCAAGAUACUGAGCAAGUUGGUGGCGAUGACAGAUGGGGACCGGGUCGUGGCGGUCAAGGCCGCGGUGGAUGGGGAGAAGGCCGAGGAGGAGGUGGCGGAGGUCGAGGUGGUGGAUGGGGAGGAGGUCGAGGUGGUGGAUGGGGAGGAGGCCGAGGUGGUCGGGGUGGUGGAAGAGGAGGGGGAUGGGAGUAG